CAGUCUGGCGCUCUCAGCUCUUCUCGCCGCGCAGCUUAUUCUGUAUCCUCCUCAAACUCUAAGUCAGGCUGAGUCCGGACCAAAACUGCUACCUACAUUCCCGAGGACCACUUUCUGCGCCGCUCAUGAACUUUUUAUUUCUACAAUCCAGAAGAAACACUCGGGGAACACCUGGACACUCACGCUUCCUACUUAUAUAACUUUUUGCUGCACUUGCGCGACUCCUUUACAUUCCUCAUACUUUAUCUCCGGAUUCACGCCGAUUUUUCUCGUUUUUCUUUUUUUAAAUCAACGAACAAAAGUCUUAUUUUUCUGUUACUCAACUACUCUGAAUAGACCAAAUAAGCAGGAAUCAGUGGCCUCUUUUUUGCACAACAUAUACAUAGUCUUAACUGUGUUUUAUUUUUUUACGUUUAGUCUUAAGUUAAGUAAAGAAACAGUAAACAAUGGCAGGUGUGAACUCUCUGGAUGCUGUGAAGAGAAAGAUUCAGUGUUUGCAGCAGCAGGCCGACGACGCAGAAGAUCGGGCUCAGGUUCUACAGAGAGAGCUGGACAGUGAACGGGAACUCCGAGAAAAAGCAGAGGGUGAGGUAGCAGCUCUGAACCGCAGGAUCCAGCUGGUGGAGGAGGAGCUGGACCGUGCCCAGGAGAGACUGGCCACAGCGCUGCAGAAACUGGAGGAAGCAGAGAAGGCUGCAGAUGAGAGCGAGAGAGGAAUGAAGGUGAUCGAGAACCGAGCGAUGAAGGAUGAGGAGAAGAUGGAGAUUCAGGAGAUGCAGCUGAAGGAGGCCAAACACAUCGCAGAGGAGGCCGACCGCAAAUACGAGGAGGUGGCUCGUAAACUGGUGAUCCUGGAGGGCGAGCUGGAGAGAGCUGAGGAGAGGGCCGAGCUCUCAGAAUGUAAAGCCAGUGACCUAGAGGAGGAGCUGAAAAAUGUGACCAACAACCUGAAGUCCUUAGAAGCCCAGUCUGAGAAGUACUCAGAAAAAGAAGACAAGUACGAGGAGGAGAUCAAAGUUCUGACUGACAAACUGAAGGAGGCUGAAACCCGUGCAGAGUUUGCCGAGAGGACAGUUGCCAAACUGGAAAAGAGCAUCGAUGACCUGGAAGAGAAACUAUCACAUGCCAAAGAGGAGAAUCUGGGCAUGCACCAAGUCCUGGACCAGACCCUGCAGGAGCUGAACAGCUUAUAAACACACACAGAGGAAGCUGGAGAGGAUGAGGUCGUCAUUAACAUUCCAUUAAACGUUCGACUCCAUUCCGCCUUUCGAGCUGUAAAAUCUUUAUUCCCCACGUAAAGGGGGAUUAACUUAAUGCUUGUCCCUUUUUUUUCUUUUUGUUUAAAGCACAACUUUUUUUUUUUUUUUUAAUAAAUUUUUUUGAAUCCAUCGCUACUUUAUUUUUUUAAAACCUACAGAUGUUCUUGUUGAAAUUUGUUUUUGACCACUAAAUUUGGCACUAAAUUUGUCCAAAGAAACCUCCCAUUUGGUCACUCAAUCACUUAAACAGACUUAAUUUUACACAUUAUGUGCACAUACAUUACACUUCUGAUUAUUUUUAAUACAUAGGCUACAUAUGGCAUAGGGGUUUGCUCAGUCUUGUGUGGCUUUUAAGCGCCACCUAGUGGUAAUUUGAAGUUAGUCAACAUUUUUUUUUUAAUUAUUAUUAUUCCAUUUUAUCUCCAGUGGCUGCAAAUUAACAGAUAUUUGACAGAUCUGUGCUCGUCUCAGUCUCUCUUUAAAUCUUUUUGUGUUAGAACAACACAACAGUCACGUGAACAGAUGACCUGGUAGAAAGGCUCGGUGAUUCAGACUUCUUUACAUUUAAUUAUAACGUAAUGCCUCUUUGGCCAAGGUGUUGAACCUGAUGCGGACGUUCUGAACACUUAAAUGCUUGACCUGACCACUGAUACCUAAUGCAUCAUUACCAACAAUAUGCCAUUAUGUAGCCAAUAUUUACAAUAUGAGUGAGCUAAACCCCAAACCACUGGAAGCUCAGUCAAGUUUUAUCAACCAUGGAUACUUAUUGUAUAUAGUAGAAUAAUGUUAGGUAAUGUGAGAAGUUGUAUUUUUUUUUUCCUUGGGUUUUGUUUCAUUUACACCACUUCUUUUUGCCAGAGGAACUCUCAAAACCAAAGAACACAACACAGACAAUUAAUUCAUGAAAUGUUUUUUUAUUUUUUUUUGUGAUGGUCAUUGUGGUUUCAUCUCAUGUCAGAGCCACUGAGAGUGCCUCACAUUUGAUUGAGACUGGUAAUGAAAUACUUCAUUCACCCACCCCCACCCCA